AUGGAGGAGCUAUCCGGCUGCUGGCGCGAAGCCGCCCGCGCCGACACCGUCGCCAUCGAACUCCUCAAGAUCCGCACUCAUCUAACCACCACCUCUAUUCCUAUUCUCUCUCCCUCUUCCUCUCAUCCCCAUUCCCCCUCCCUAUCUUCCCCUCACUCCGAAUCCCCCAAUACCACCGACUACGAAAGCGAAACCAUCACUGCGAUUCUCCGACACGUCGAACAAACUUCCCGGCUCCUGCGCGACUUGCACGAUCUCUUCCCCAUCUACAGAUUGCGGGUUCCGGUCGUGAUUUAUUAUUUAACAGUUAUUUUACCCUGUUUGCAGAAGACAUUGAGAGAUAUGCUGGCGUUUCUGCUGUGUGAUGAUUGGUCGGUUAGGAUGAAAUGGAUGUUGAUGCAUGAACGGUUGAAUGAACAAGGGGGAAUGUCGUUGGCGUUGAGGUUUGUCAUGUACGUGGAUUUUUUGGUGCAGUGUGUGAGGUUAUUGAGUAGAUCACCAACUUACGAUCCUACGACGUUGGAAUUGCUGCGCUUGAGAAUUUUAAGGCUGAGGGCUUUGAGGGGGAUUCCUGCACCUCCCAUCCCGGUACAGCCGCAUCUCACUCCUGCACAACCGAAUCUGAUGGAAAUUGAGAAACGGCACUGGGCGGAAAAAAUCUUUGAUGAUAAUGCGCAACCGCUUUCGCAAACGGUUUUGAGACAUAGACGAGAAUCGAGAUGUUGGGGUCCAUCGAUGAAUCUUAUGAAAUUGGGUAUCCCUCCGCAAUCAAAAGUUUUGUUUAAAUUACCCUUCGACAAGAAUCACCUCUCCGUAACCCUUUAUCUCGACGAUACAGCACUCCAUCAAUCUCCCCAUUUACUCUGUCGCUGGAUGGAUAAACAAAAUAAUCCUCAUUAUUCUUCUUAUGGGGUUCAUGAGUUAUGUAUUCGGAGACAUGGAAGUGCAUUGUGCUUUAAGAGGUGGAAUGAGUAUAAGGAAUAUCCGACUAUUUGGAUAGCUUUAUUCUUUAAGACUUGGCAACGAAUGGUGCUCUUCCACUGCUCAUUCGUAGCACUCAAAGCGCGUUCCCAACUCACAAAUCUGAUACCAAGAGAUGAUUAUAUAAUCGCCGGAGAGGUCAAGAUAUUUCAAGGACAAAUAGUAGACGAUGAAUUUUACCACUCCCUCUUCGUCUACGAAAAUCAACAAACUCAUACCUUACGACUUCACGCCGCAGUUGCAAAUGGAGAAUUGAGAAAAUGUCCUGUUUGGACUGCUUUUAUAACCGACCUCCAAGUCACAUCCGAUACUUGGCUCGCCCGUCACUCGCGUCAUCGUGUUUGGGUAAAAGACUUGCAUCUCUAUGUUUUUUGUGAUGAAUAUUCGAGACGGGCCCAGGUGAAGAAACAUGGGGAGUUUGAAUUGUGUUUUGUGCACGGGGCUGCAGCAGAUGCAUUCAUCAACGUAUUCUACCCCCUAGAUUCCGAUUCAGGAUCCGAGUGCGCGAUUGAAGAUGUGUCGGGGAAUGCAUCGGCUGGACUUCAACAAGAUACAUUGGUUUAUUGA